CCCCGCCUCCCCCUUCCAACACAACCCUUUCCAUUACCGAAAAUUCCGCCACCGCCGCCUCCCUUAAAACCCUCUCCCCCUCCGCCGGCGCCGCCAGCUGUUGCCCCGUCGGUGGGGAUUCCGUCACUGGCGGGGCGGGACGGGCGGGUCGGUUCGCUCGUUCUAAUAGGACAAGGGAGGAGGGCGACAGGAUUUCGAGAUGGUGCUGUGGGAGCUGACGGCGAUCACCGCCUACUUCCUGGGUCUCAGGCGAACCUACCGCCUCGCGCUCCGCAUCCAGCGCCGCCUCAUCCCGCCCAACCGCCCUAGGAUCCGGGGCUUCGUCCACAGGCGAACACGGGAUGUCUUUAAUGUUGCAGUGUCAGUGCACAAGAACAUUCAGCAGAGGGACCUAGAAGUUGGUCGGAACCUUGGAAACACGAUCCUUCGUUGGCUUGAUCGCAUGAAGCCAUCGGCAGAGAUUCGCCCCCGUCCUCCAGGCCUGUCAAAUGGCAGCUCAGAGCAAUUCAGACAUCUUUCAAGCACCAGCAGGACUGCAGGAGCUCAGAAGACCACCUCCAAAGCUUCUCCGCGCGAUUCCAGUGGAAAGAUGCUGUUCUCACGCUUGAACAUUCGACCAAAGUCCUUCCCCGUGCUGCCUACAAUGACCCAGCCCAACAGAAUCAGCGUGAGCAGCCAGUGCAGGCGCAUUACCUACUCGUCGUUCCCAUCAGUCACCGCGAAGAGGAAGGAUCUGAUGGAGAGCGUUUUUCGCAAGGACAUUGCUCAGCUGAUGGCGUAAGGAUUUGUGCCUUCUUUUUAGGCAAAGAUGUAUACUGCUUUUUGGAACUUGAAGAUUAUCACCCCACCGAAUUUUCGCCCAGAACAGACGUCUAAUGUGUCCUGUAAUAAUGUAGCGCAGAGGGAAAUUGUUGCAGCUCUGCAAGUUUAACCAAUGCUCGGAUAAACAUCACAUCAGAUUGGAUAACGAACAAGUUAGUACAGGAGUUGCUGUAUGAGAAUUGAGAAAUCAGAUGCCUUUUAGUUUCA